AAUCAUUAAAGACAAAAGGGAAAAAAUUAUUCUCUCUCUCUCUCUCUCUUCGUCGAUUCUUCUUCGUUCUUCUUCCUUCUUCUUUCGUUCUUCUUCCUUCUUCUCUAUUUGCAUGUCACGAAACCGAUCGAUCACUGCCUCCUCCUCCAAUUCCGUCAAUGGAAUCACCGUUGAGGUUCAAAUUUUUUGAUUUUCUUGUAUUGAUUUGAAGCUCGUCUAGUGAAUUGGGUUGAUACAAAUCGAUUUGAGAAUAGAUUUGGCUCUGUGCAUCUCCUCUGUUUGUCUAUCUUUACACGACUUGGUUCCAUCGAUUUGGUUCCAAAACUCGUUGUAUUCGAGAGACCCGGGAGAGAGGAAGAACAUGGAACCAAAUCGAUGUAAUAAGAGAUAAAGCUAUGGUGGGUUUGAGAGAGAACACUCCGGUGGAAACGUUAACGCAAAGGUCUGAUAAUGUUCAUCACCCACUCUCUGGCAGAGACGGAUCAAACUUGGGCAAAGCAUCUUUUCUUCAUUUAAUUUGGCAAGAGGUUAGUAGAGUUUUCUUUUAGUGUGUUAGAUUGGAAAGCUGGUAGGAGUGCUUUGCAUUAACUUGUCUUGGUUAGACAGUGAUUAGGUUGGGCGUUAGACAGUCAUUAGGUUGGUAGGAUUGCUUUACAUUAAGUUGUGUUGGUUGAUUUGUUUGAAAAGAAAAGAACUGAAGAAUGUACGAGUUUUGGUUGAUUUGUUUCGGUUGUUAUAAUGUUGCAUUCAAUAUAUGAAACUACGUAGAAAGUUUUGUGAAAUUAGUAAUAGACAUAAGUCAGCAUCACAUUAAUUCACACAUCUCUCUGAUGAGACUAAAUGUAUAUGAGUUUUUACUGCAAUUGAGCGAAAUUGCAAUUCCCUGCUUUGAACAACAUCAGCCACAAAUUCUUCACCAUGAGACAACGAUUUCACCAAAAAUUGAGCGCAAUUGCAAAUUUGCAACAAAUGAUUUCACCAAAAAUUUCACAAAAUAUUUCUGUUUCUCUUACCAUUUCACCAAAAACAUUUCUGUUCUAAAUGGCUUCUUCCUCUUCUAAUAUGCUUUUAUGUCAUUUUUCUUAAAAAAAUUUAUGUAUGCUUUUAUUUUAAAUCAUUCAACUUUAAAAAAAAAAAAAUUAAGAACCCCUAUGAGGUUCUCCCAUUGGAGGAAGAAAAAAUCAAUUUAACUAACAUAGGUUCUUAACUUCCCAAAUCACCAAAUUAACUACUACUUUAUUCAUAAGAAUCCAUUAGAGGUUCUUACCAAUAGACUUGCUCUAAAUAUUUUUGUAACGUAGUUCUCAUUGAAAAGAUUAGAUGACUAACCCAUGAAAUUCCAUCUUUGCCAAACUUAUAUUUUAGAUUUCUUUUUUUCUUAAUUCUAUUUUUAUGCAUACACAUAAUAAAUUUAAUAUGUUAAAAUGAUAAUAAAUACAACGAACUAUGAUCUAAAAUCACUAUAUCUGAUUUCUUUCUUAAACAAUAUAUUCAAAUAGGAUUAUUUCACAGAAAUAAAUUAAAAUUUAUUAAUGAAAUGUCAAGUAAUAUAUUAGAGUAACAUAGAAUAAGUAAAGAAGAAAGAAGAAAGAAAAAAGAAAAGGAAAAAUAUUAAUAAUUAUAUAUUUAUUUUCUGUUGCUUUAGGUGUCUCUUUAAUGAAAGGAGGUAAAGUAAUACCAUAAAACAAGAAAAGACGAAACAUUUGAGUAAGAUUUGGUUUUCCAUUUAAGAAAAAAAAGUAAUAAGAGUAUUGCGCAAAAAAAAAGAAGUAAUAAGAGUAAGAGAAAAAGACUAGGAUAGCACUAAACUAAGUUUUUGUUCCCAAAGUAGCACUCAAGGCUCAAAUUCACAAAAAUAGGUUUCAUUAAAGAGGUAAAUAUAUACUUAUACCCCUUGGGUUAAUUAAUCCAAACCUUAGGGUUUAGAGUUAAGGGGUGUGGUUUUGGAAUUAAGGUUUAAAAUUUUAUAAAAAAUAAAUACUAAAAUAAAAAAUAAAAUUUUAAAAACAGUUUCAAAAAGUAUUUUUAAAUUAUAAAAAUAAAAUUAAAAAAAAAAAAAAAAAAUUCGAAAAACAAUUCAAGAAAAAAUUUAUAAAAAUUUCGAAUCUGAAAACAUAUAAUCUGAAACUAUAAAAAUUUUUUUUUUUCAUUUUUGUAUUUUUAUUUUAUUUAUUUAUUUAUUUAUUUUAAACCAAGGGUAUUAUGGAUAUUUUACCCUUUAAUGAAUGUCAUUUUUGUGACUUUCUCCUUCUAGUGCUAUUUUUGAGACAUAAACUUCAAAAGGUGCUAUUAUUGACAAUUGCCCUAAGAGUAACUGUCUUUUUUUUUUUUUUUUUGGUCAUUGAGUAACUGUCUUUUACUCUAUACUUUUACUCUUUAGAAAUAAAAAAAAAAACUAAAAUUGUUCAAAAAAAAAAGAAAUAAAAACUUAUCAGAGACAAUAAGAAGAAGAAAAAAAAACAUGACAAAAAAAUAUCGACCGUCAAUUAAACAAAUGGGCCAAGAAGAGAUGUCGUCCAAAGACACGUUCAAGGUACACGACGACAAACAAAACACUUCUAUAACCACGGGACCCACAAACUGGGCAAUGUUCAGAGGCAAAUCUCAGCCGUGGAUUCUUAGCAAGUGGAAGAAACGUACGCACGAAAACGUCCUUCUUCCCAGAUGAAAUUUAAGAGCCUCAGGAUUGAAGGCAUAUUCUCGGAGAAUGCCAUUGCCCACUCUCAUGUGAUGGAAAUCGCAUCCAUAGGCAAACUCAACUACUGUAAUAACGCCACGUGUUAAAUUUGGUCAGUCCAGCUUCCACUCUCCUCUUUACAUAAACGGACCUCCUUCUUCCUCGUUUUCUCCUCACCUCUCUCGCUGUCUGAUCACAUCUUCAUCUGUGAAAAGGGUCUCUCUCUCUCGCAAGAUGGCAUAUGUGACAGGUUCCCAUUUUGUCUCGCUUGUCAACAACAACCAUGGAGGAGCUUCAGGCUCUGAGGCCAACGCCAAUCUGUCUCAGAUCAGCUUCAAGUGUCAAUCCAUGACUCACUGUGGGCUAAGAUCCUUCAACAUGGUGGAUAGGCUUCAGAGGAGAUGUCAAGCCAAAGCUGUUUCUGCUAAAUCCUCAAAGGGAUUACAGCAGAAUGCUCCUAAAGCUAAACGUGUGGGUAAGAUUGUGUGUGAGAAAGGCAUGUCUAUGAUCUUUAUUGGUGCUGAGGUUGGUCCAUGGAGCAAAACCGGUGGCCUUGGUGAUGUCUUAGGUGGUCUUCCUCCAGCUCUCGCCGCAAGAGGCCACCGUGUGAUGACAGUAUGCCCUCGGUAUGACCAAUAUAAAGAUGCUUGGGACACCUGUGUAGUGGUUCAGAUAAAAGUUGGAGAUAAAGUUGAGGACGUGCGUUUCUUUCACUGCUACAAACGAGGAGUUGAUCGUGUCUUUGUCGACCAUCCACUCUUCCUUGCAAAGGUUGUGGGCAAAACUGGAUCCAAAAUCUAUGGUCCUAUAACUGGAGUAGACUACACUGACAACCAACUCCGGUUCAGUUUGUUGUGUCAGGCUGCUCUUGAGGCACCACGGGUUCUAAACCUGAACAGCAGCAAGUAUUUCUCUGGACCAUAUGGGGAAGAUGUGGUGUUUGUUGCCAAUGAUUGGCACACUGCUCUCCUUCCUUGUUACCUCAAGUCUAUGUAUCAGUCACGCGGAAUCUACAUGAAUGCAAAGGUUGUGUUCUGCAUUCACAACAUAGCCUACCAAGGAAGAUUUGCCUUUGACGACUUUUCUCUUCUCAAUUUGCCUGACAGCUUUAAGAGCUCUUUCGACUUCAUGGACGGUUACGAAAAGCCAGUAAAAGGAAGGAAGAUCAACUGGAUGAAGGCUGCGAUUCUAGAAGCAUGGCGUGUCUUAACAGUUAGUCCAUACUAUGCUCAAGAGCUCAUCUCUGGGAUCGAUAGAGGCGUGGAGCUGCAUUCAUACCUUCGAAUGAAAACAGUUUCUGGAAUUAUUAACGGCAUGGAUGUUCAAGAAUGGAACCCGGCUACUGACAAGUACAUCGAUAUCAAAUAUGACAUUACCACUGUAACGGAAGCUAAGCCACUGAUCAAAGAAGCGCUUCAGGCCGCUGUUGGACUUCCAGUGGACAGGGAUGUCCCUGUGAUCGGUUUCAUUGGGAGAUUGGAGGAGCAGAAGGGCUCUGAUAUUCUCGUGGAAGCUAUCUCCAAGUUCAUGGGCCUCAAUGUUCAGAUGGUGAUCCUUGGAACCGGUAAGAAGAAGAUGGAGGCUCAGAUUCUUGAACUCGAAGAGAAGUUCCCAGGGAAGGCGGUUGGAGUGGCGAAAUUCAACGUGCCAUUGGCUCAUAUGAUCACAGCAGGAGCUGACUUCAUCAUUGUCCCCAGCAGGUUUGAGCCGUGCGGUCUCAUUCAGCUGCACGCCAUGAGGUAUGGAACCGUCCCUAUUGUGGCAUCUACUGGUGGGCUUGUGGAUACUGUUAAAGAUGGCUUCACAGGUUUCCACAUUGGAAGAUUCAACGUCAAGUGUGAAGUUGUGGAUCCAGAUGAUGUGAUUGCAACAGCAAAGGCUGUAGCUAGAGCUGUUGCAGUGUACGGUACACCCGCUAUGAAUGAGAUGGUCAAGAACUGCAUGGACCAAGACUUCUCCUGGAAGGGACCAGCGAGACUGUGGGAGAAGGUACUAUUGUCACUAGAUGUUGCCGGAAGUGAAGCUGGAGUCGAAGGUGAAGAAAUAGCUCCUCUGGCGAAGGAGAACGUAGCGACACCUUGAGAAUGUGAGUUUUGAGGAAAACCGUGUUUGGUGGAAGAAACUAGGACUAGGGAAGACACGAGUAAAAUUAAUGUGUUACGUUACCUGUGGUUAUGUAUAUAUACGGGAGAUGUUUCAAUUCUAAAAUAAUAAUAAGUGCAUGUUCGUUUAA